UUGGUUAGGUCUCCCUCUCUCCCUCUUUGUUCCCUUAACCUCCUAACAAUUUCUAUCUUCUUCUUGAAGAAGCCCUAAUCCUUAUAAUUUGUGCUUGCAAUACGGUCCCCCGUCGAUCGAUCGAUCGAUCGUCAUUUCAAUCUCUGAGAAAAUUCAACUCUCUUCGAGGUAGGUCUGAGAUUCUUCUUAGUUUAAUCCACCAUAUUUUAUGGCAUUUCAAUGCCCGAAACACAAUCAGGUUGAACCGUCGAAGAAGAUUUCAGAAAGAACCCUCGAAGAUUUCAGAAAGAAUAAAUGCGUUGAUAAUAAUAACCAGGAACUGCUGAGAUCUGAUUUCCAAACUAGUAUCCCAGAAAUUUCCGCCAUUUUCCCUCCCUCCAUUGCUGACCUCCCCCCUGCAUUAAUAUCCGAGAUUCUCAACUGCCUUGAUCCAAAAGAGCUUGCUGUAGUCUCCUGCGUGUCUACUUCUCUCUAUAGGAUUGCUUCUGAUCAGCGGGUCUGGAAAGAGUUCUACUUCGAGAGAUGGGGGCAACCCAUAACCCCAUCCCACAUGGGCUCUGGCUCUGGUUCUUCAUCUUCAUCAUCGAUGAUGUCCGAUGAGAAGACAUGGAAGGAGCUCUUUGUGGAGAGGGAAUUUCGUAGCAAAACAUUUCUUGGACGGUAUAAUGUUGAUGUUUUGUAUGGUCACACAGAAGCGGUUCGGACAGUUUUCCUCUUAGCUUCAAAGAAGCUUUUGUUCACUGCAGGUUAUGAUUCCAUCGUCCGAAUGUGGGAUAUUGAAGAAGGGUUAGCGAUUACAUCCUCUCGCCCGCUUGGUUGCACUAUAAGGGCGGUUGUUGCUGAUUCCAAAAUUCUCAUCGUUGGUGGAACCGAUGGAUUUGUACAUGGAUGGAAAGCGGAAGAAGGAUUGCCUUACUUGUUUGACCUUAAGAGUUCUCGAAACCAGACAACUGAAUUUCGCCUUUGGGAACACGAAGGACCUAUAACUUGCCUUGCUUUGGAUAUAACUAGAAUCUAUAGUGGUUCUUGGGAUAUGACUAUUCGCGUUUGGGACCGUUCUUCAUUGAAAUGCCUACACGUGAUGAGACACAAUGAUUGGGUAUGGAGUCUCGCCCCUCACGACACAACAGUUGCAACUGCUUCCGGCUCUGACAUCUACAUUUGGGAUAGUAACAACGGUUGUCGAGUUGGAGUCUUUAGUAACGCCCAUUUAGGCGGAGUUUACUCCUUAGCCCGUAGCCAUACCGGGAAGCUCCUUUUCACCGGAGGAGAAGAUGGUUCUAUACGCAUGUUUGAGAUCAACAAUUCCCAUUGCCCUAAACCGAUUGCGAAGUGGAUACCUCACGCUGGCCCCGUCUACUCGCUCGCGUUUGAAUUCCCAUGGCUUGUCUCUGCAUCAAGCGACGGAAAGCUCUCGCUUAUCGACGUUCGGAAGCUUCUAAAACCGUCAAAGAAGAUUGGGUUGGCGAAGAAUAAUGUGGAGCCACCUCAGAGGAUGUUGAAUGGAUUUGGUUGUAAUUUGUUUGCAGUGGAUAUCGGUUAUGAUCGUAUAGUUUGCGGAGGGGAAGAAGGGGUUGUUAGGAUGUGGAAUUUCUCCGGAGCGUUGGAGAGCGAAAGGAAAGCUCGAGCUUUGAGAGGGGUACGGUUGGAGAAUAGGAUGAGGAGGCGUAGGGUUCAACACGAGAUGAAUCGGAAAAGUGGUCGGAGUGAUCAUCAAUGUUCGGUGGUGGCGGGGAAAAAGAAUCCGAUUAGUAGCGAUAGGAGCGGGGUUUGGUUGAGUAAACGCGGGAUUAGUGGUAAAAGUUGAUUUGAUUGAAGUUAACUCUUUAAUAAUUUGGUUUUAUUUUUUAUUUUAUAUUUCUUGGAUGAACUUGUUCUUUGUUUGGUUAUAAUUGUUAAUGUGUUAAAAACAAAUAGAAUUUGAUUUGAUGAUUAGUAAGAAGUUCUCAUUACCAUUGUAUAAUAUCUCCUUUGUUAACAAUUUAGGCAUUGACCUUGUGUA